ACAGAACACACGUGAAGUGGGAGAGAGAUAACCAACCACUAACAGACCAGAGCAGAGGAGAGCAAAUCCAUGGCGGAAGUGGCGUCGGAGAAGCCGAGCUCCGGCGAAGAAAUUGUGACGGUGAAUCCUAAGCCGAACAAAGGCCUUACUUCCAAGCUCAUCGACUUGUUCGAGAAGCUCGUCGUCAAGCUCGGCUACGACUCUUCCCAGAUUCAUCACUAUCUCUCCGGUAACUUCGCUCCAGUUCCCGACGAAACUCCCCCCACCGUCGACCUCCCCGUCUCCGGUUAUCUUCCGGAAUGCUUAAAUGGAGAGUUUGUUCGGGUGGGUCCUAAUCCAAAGUUCUCUCCGGUGGCUGGCUAUCACUGGUUUGAUGGAGACGGUAUGAUACAUGGUCUGCGCAUCAAAGAUGGAAAAGCAACAUAUGUCUCCCGUUAUGUAAGAACCUCGCGUCUUAAACAGGAAGAAUACUUUGGAGGUGCUAAAUUCAUGAAGGUUGGAGACCUUAAAGGGUUCUUUGGAUUAUUCAUGGUUAACAUGCAAAUUCUGAGAGCAAAGUUCAAAGUAAUAGAUCUUUCACAUGGACAUGGAACAGCUAAUACAGCUCUUGUCUAUCACCAUGGGAAACUCCUAGCACUUUCAGAGGCAGACAAACCUUAUGCUCUCAAAGUCUUGGAAGAUGGAGAUCUGCAGACACUUGGCUUGCUUGAUUAUGACAAGAGAUUGCAACAUUCAUUCACAGCUCAUCCGAAGGUUGAUCCAUUUACUGGCGAGAUGUUUACAUUUGGUUACUCACAUACUCCUCCAUACAUCACUUACAGAGUCAUUUCGAAGGAUGGUUUCAUGCAUGAUCCAGUACCUAUAACAGUAUCGGACCCCAUCAUGAUGCAUGACUUUGCCAUUACAGAGAAUUAUGCCAUUUUCAUGGAUCUUCCUUUGUUCUUCAAGCCAAAGGAAAUGGUGAAGGAAAAGAAGUUGAUAUUCCAAUUUGAUCCCACCAGAAAAGCACGCUUUGGAGUGCUUCCACGGUAUGCAAAGAAUGAGCUUCUAAUCAAAUGGUUCGAGCUUCCAAAUUGCUUCAUAUUCCAUAAUGCCAACGCAUGGGAGGAGGAAGACGAGGUUGUUCUAAUCACAUGCCGCCUUGAGAAUCCGGAUUUGGACAUGGUCAGUGGGAAGGUCAAAGAAAAGCUUCAGAAUUUCUCAAAUGAGCUAUAUGAAAUGAGGUUCAACUUGAAAACUGGCCUAGCAUCACAGAGGAAACUCUCAGAAUCAGCAGUUGAUUUUCCUAGAGUGAACGAGAGCUACACUGGCAGGAAACAGCGCUAUGUGUAUGGAACCACACUGGACAGCAUUGCGAAAGUCACGGGAAUUGUCAAAUUUGAUUUGCAUGGUAAACCAGAAAGUGGUAAAACACGCAUUGAGGUUGGUGGAAAUGUUCAAGGUCUGUAUGAACUGGGACCCGGCCGAUUUGGCUCCGAGGCUAUAUUUGUCCCCAAGGUGCCUGGAAUCACUUCUGAAGAAGAUGAUGGCUACCUAAUAUUCUUUGUUCAUGAUGAGAAUACUGGAAAAUCAGCAGUGCAUGUGAUUGAUGCAAAAACAAUGUCACCAGAUCCGGUUGCAGUCGUUGAGUUGCCCCAUAGAGUUCCAUAUGGGUUCCAUGCCUUCUUUGUGACUGAGGAGCAACUGCAAGAACAAGCAAAACUCUGAACUGCAGAAAUAUCUGGAGAUCAAGGAAAGCUCAAACCGACAUGUAAUGUGAAUUCGUCCUGUUACCUUGUCCAUCCAUGGAAGUUCUGCCAACACAAUAAAGAAGAUCCCACUGAAAUUCUGAUUACGUAUAAUAUAAUAAAGAACCCCACUCUUUGCAAGAGUGAAAGUUUAGAUUAUAUAAAGAACACGCUCUUUGUAAUAUCUAUUAUUUAUUUGCCAACUCCGGAACUUCACAACUUUGUUAUCUUA